AUGUCCUUUAACUCUCCAUUUUUCGAUUUUUUUGACUCAAUUACUCAAGAAGUUGACAAUUUCAAUAGAUUAUUAGAUAAUAAUGGUUAUUCUAACAGAGUUAGAACUUAUCCUUCUAAGAAUCGUCAAUUGACCUCUACUGCUGCUGCCAACAACAAUCAAGUUGCAACAUCCAACCCAAGUAACCAAGUUGCCAGGAAGAACACUUAUGAUCCUUCUUUUGCUCCUCUUUUCACUGACAGCUGGUUAGGCGACGGUGUUCUGUUUAAACCCGAAGAUUUCCAAAUCAUUCCGCCAGUUGAUAUUUUGGAGCAUGACAACAAUUACGAGUUGCAUAUUACUGCUCCUGGUAUCAAGGACAAGAAGCAAAUUAACAUUGAAUUCAACAAGGAAAAUAACCAAUUAACUGUAAGUGGUGAAAUUCCAUCAGUCGUUCAAAACCAAACAGAGACUAAAGCUUCAAAGAAUUCUGAAAAGGGUGACGCCCAGCCACAACAACAGGUUAAAGUUAACGAACGUGCUUCUGGUAAGUUUAAGAGAGUUAUUUCUUUACCAGAAUACCCAGGCGUUGCUGAUGACAAGAUCAAGGCUAAUUAUGAAAAUGGUGUUCUGACUUUGACUAUUCCUAAAUUGAAGCCAACCAAGAAUGAAAAGGGUCCUCAUAUUAGAAAGGUUGUUGUUACUUCUGAGGACUCUGUUGAGAACUAG